ACUAUAGCAUGGAGUCGGGAGACACGGUUGGGUCUAGUGGUGAGCUCUCGGGGUGGAAGUUUUCUCAGGCGCCGGGUGUAACAACCUCUGCCAAAGAACCAGCGCGAAAUUAAACGAAAAACAAAAGAGUUUUAUAAGAAGGAUGUAUUAUCCGUGUUUUGAGAGAAAUUGUGUGGAAUAGCGAGCAAACUGGUUUAUAAAAACAAUGGAUGAGCUGGAAUAAUCCGGUUAAGGAGGAUCAUCUUUGGAGUCCGCGAGAGCUAAGUGAAAUUGGAUCAUCACGGUAUUACCAUUAGCGGUGACAUUAGCAAGAUGGUGAAGAUCAUCUAGCUUGUAGAUUGUUAGCAGAAGAAGACAGCGGAUAAUAAUGCGUUUUAACGAGAAAGAGCUGGUAUUCCUGAGCCGCCAGCCGUCAGAGAGAGCAGCAGAGCUGGGCAUGAGGGGACCAAAGAAAGGCGAUGUUAUGAAAAGGAGACUUGUCAAGCUUAUAGUGAAUUUCCUGUUUUACUUUCGGACCUAUGAGGAGGAGCCGAUCGGAGCUUUGCUUUUGGAGCAGUGUCGAGUCGAGAGAGAAGAUGAUCUCGCCUUUUCAAUCACUUUCCUAGAUGAGGCAGAGAGAAAGUACCUGUUUGAAUGUAACUCUCGGGAGCAAUGCGUCGAAUGGAUGGACGCUAUUAUAAAAGCCAGCUACGAAUUUAUGCGCAAGAACCUCGUCUUUUAUCGAACCGAGAUCCAUCGGCUUACUGGCAAGGACCCUUUGGAGCAGUAUGGAAUUUCAGACGAGACACGCUUCCAGGUGAGCACUGCGCUCCCUCCUCCGCCUCCCUAACGAUGCUCGGCGAGUCGCCACUUCGAUCAGCUUCAAACAAAUUCAUACACUGCUGUCUUUUUUUUUUUUUUUAUCUUUAAAUGGGAUCAUAGGGUCACACAAUUUUCAUUUAAUUAGUGCGUUAAAAGGAGAAAAAUGCUCCUAUCACUGUGUAUUUUUAAUUAAUUAAUGUACUGUUAGGAAUGUAAGCUGAGAAUGAGCCAGAAGCAGAGUGUUUUUUUAAAAAGGCAAAAAAAAGAAAAUAUUAAUUUUAGUGGCAGUUGUCAGUCAGCUCCACACAUCACUUACACACACACACACACACACACACAAAAAAAAAGGAGCAGUGUGAUCAGGGGGUGUCUGGUAGGUUUCACUUCAUGAAACUGUCUGCGUCCUACAGCCCUGUUUUGCAUGAUGUGACAUAAAGCGAAUUGCACUGAAACACUUCCUGUGAUUAAUGUAUGAAUGUUCGUGGUGUUUCUUGUGGUUUGUAUGUAGGGUGCAAUAAACAACUUUUUUGGACCGGAUAUACCGUGAUUAGGUACAGUUAAAUGUUAGAUGGAACCAGUCUUAAUUUUGACUUAAUGUCAUCCUUUUUAAAUAAUGUAAGUUCAUGUCUUCUGCACAGCGCUAAGCUAUUAUCCGUAACACAAAACAUUUGGUCAGUCUAGUAAUUAACUUUUACGAUCAUUUGAAUAUCACGAGCAUUCAAUAUAAAACUAAGCAACUAUACUGUCUUAGGGGACAAAUAUCCUGUUAAUUCUGGAUAUUUUGCCUUAUUUAUGACCUUUUGAUAUUGUUUAUUUUGCAUAGGCAAAUUUACCAUCACAUUAUGCUGGCAUUCUUUAAGUAAAUAGACACCUAGAGUUCUCAUAAUGAAAUGCAUGCACAAGGUUCAGCAUUAUCAACAUUUUGUUGGCCUUCCUUUAGCAGCUUUAAGAAUACUGUAUACUGUAUAGAUAUCUACUGUAUAGAACAUGUCUUUCGGAAAUCCAAGGUCAAAAAGGUCACAAAUAUGUCUAUGUAGCAGUAUCACUUGUGGUCAUGUUUAAAGAAGGGUAAAACAAAUACUAGUCAAUAAUAAUGGGAACAUUUAACUCAUCUCAUAAAAUUCUGGAUGUCUAUUUACUUCCUGGAUGUCUGUAAUGUACGAUUAAUGAUUCACAACUGGCAUUAUACUGAGGCUGAUGCUUUUUUCGGCUGUUAUGUCGUUCUAAACUUGUAAAGUAAAUCUCUCAUCAUUCUGUAUGGACUAAAUUUAAAUUGUCUUAAGAAAAGCAAAAGUGAUGGCUGACGACAUUUUAGCAUUUGUCUACACUUGAUGAGUGAGAGAUUUCCGUUACUCAUUGUCUAUGUGGGAUUUUAGUUUUGUGGGAUGUGAGAAGCAUGAAAAUUAGUUUCUUUUUUUGUGUUUUGUUUUAACCAUUCCUGUAAGCACACCAGUUUAACCUGAAGACUGGAUCCUGUGCCAUCUCUAAACUCUUAAAGGUGCCAGAAAAGGUUGCCCCCCCCACACACACACACCGAAAAUCUUACCAUUAUGUGUGUAUAAGGAACAUGAUGAUUCAAUCGGUUUUCCCAAAAUCAGACGAAUUUUUUUUUUCUUCAUCAGCUACAGUCAGUCUAUAUCAGCACCAAAACACUUUUCUUAUUUCCUUCCUCAAAUUUCUCAUAUGAGUCAUUUAACACUUACAUCCUUUGUUUUUCCACACCAGGGCUGAUACACAACUCCAUUUAUAAUAACACAUUCUGACUGAUCAGAAAUGUAGAAGGGGUGUUCAUGUCAAACAAGGACUUUUGAUUGUGCAGAAUGAAAGAACAUGGGUAUGAGAGUAAAAACUACCUUUAUUUCUCUGUAUAAUCCCCUGCUACUGAGCUAUCCUAGUACCUAGCAUGCACUUACCUUAUGAAACUACAAGUGAUCGUAUGUACAGUUCCCACAGACAGGUAAUUUUCUUCCGCAAGUUGGCGACGUUUCACUUGCUGAGUAUUUAUGGGAACGAUUGCAGUGGGUCUGAGACAACACAGCUGGGAAAAUUAUUCACAUACUUCUUCAUUCACAAGAAAUUUUAUCAGAAGUUCCGGUUUGACUUGAACACCACCUGUGUCUAAAUCACCAUUUUGUGCAUCACCGCCAACAAAAAAAAAAAAAAGGUCUGGGUGAUCUUAUAACUCCCCAAAAUAAACCAGUAAAGAAUCUAAGCCUAUAUGCGUCUUUAAGGAACUGAAAACCUUUACAGGCACCUUCACCGCUAAGAGUGCAUGAAAUGGCAUGUCAGUGUACUGAAGCUUGUUAUACCGCAAUGUACAAGCACAGAGGGGUCUGUCAUAUUGAAUACCUGAGGCACAGUCAGUUCCGUUCAGUUUUUAAAAAAAUCACAAAAUGUACAUUUAUGGUGAAAUGUCUUUUCUGGCUGUGUUUGUGUAUCAUUUUACAAAUAAAAAAAGUGUCUUAUUUUUUUAAUAAAGGCUUUUCUGGGAAGUUCUUUUAAAUA